CUGACUGCAGUGUGUCUGGGGCUGCUGUGUGUUCUCCUGCUGGCUGUCAUCAUAGUGCUGUGUGUCUGUUUCCAGAAUUUGACAAGAGAGAGAGACCAGUUAGAAACCAGUUACAACAAAAUGAUUGAAGAGAGAGACCAGUUAGAAACCAAUUAUAAGAAUGUGAGUAAAGACAUUCUGCAGAGAUGGUUUUACUUCAGUUCCAGUCUGUACUACAUCUCUACUGAAACAAAGAACUGGAGUGAAAGCAGACAGGACUGUAUAAAGAGAGGGGCUGAUUUGGUGAUAAUAAACAACAAAGAGGAACAGGAGUUUGUUAAUAGACUGUGGAAGAUGAGUCAGUCAGGCCUUUGGAUUGGUCUGACUGACAUAAACACAGAGGGGGUGUGGAAAUGGGUGGAUGGUACAGCACUGAACACUGGGUACUGGGGUAAAGGGGAGCCUAAUAAUAGUGGAAAUGAGGACUGUGUUGUCCUUGACAGACCUGACACUUGGAUUGAUGUACCCAGCUGUGGCGCGAAAGGCUGUCAGUCCAUCUGGCCUGGUGUUAGGUCCCGCCUCUCCAUGCCAGCCUGGCCAACCAGCAACGGAGUGCCCCUUUUCGGCUUGGCCAACCGGACGCGGAGCGCCAACAUUUAA